CUCGGAGAAAGUAAACUACAAAAUUUUAAAAUUUGUUAAGAAGAUAGGUAUUUAAAAUGAAAAUAUGGAGUGAGUUCCAGUAUAUAACUGAUUAUCAACAACUCUAAACAAUCAGUCUGCACAUAUAGAUGUAAUAUGGAUAGCAUAUACAGACUCUCGAAUAGUGAGAGAGUGAAAGAUGGAGAGAGUGAGCUUAUCAGGGACCUUGCAGAACUGAAGAAUGAACUUGAAGAAAAUGAGAUGAUCCAUCAGGUUACACCUAAAAGCACAAGCUCUAUACCAAUUCCAAAAGAUGCAGAACAUUUUAAGAGGGAAAGGCGUCUUAUAUUUGAAAGAGCUUUAGAAGUUAGUGAGGCUCAGCCCCUGGUAGUUCAGGCACAGACGAUGAAAACAGAGCUGGAGAAUGGCGAAAAACUGGAAUAUACACCUCAGAGUCUACCACUGUUAUUACAUCAGCAUUUCAUUGAUCGAAUGCACCAGCUAGUCCAGUGUAAACACAUGCAUAUGUUAAGAUGGAAGAGAUUCAAUGAACACACCAGUACAAUUGAGGCACUCUACCCACUAUAUCAGGACAGAUUAGCUCACAUCAUGUCGGAAUACAAUGAUGCUACCCAGCGUGCAGAACGGCUCUCUGUUGCUAAGGAAUCAGUUCUUGCUGGCAAUGAGAAUGCAGCCCAAGCCAUGAAACUGGAUGACAUGAUGAUCUACUUGCGCUGGUUGGUCUGCCACUUCAAUGCCACUAAGAGGUUCAACCAGUUCAUGAAGACGAUGCAGUGGUUGACUAUUACUCACAAGUUCGAUAUUGUCCCAGAGAGAAAAGAACAAAGUCCAGAUGAUGAUUUUUCAACACAAACUAAAAUUCCAUCACGUUACAAUGAGGAUGAGAACCAUGUGAGUGCUGCACCCAAGUCAGCCAGCUCACGUCCUACUUCAGCACGAUCUCGACCUUCAAUAGCUGCAGUGGCUCCACCUAUGGCCCCUGUCCUGAACCCAACAUUGCAUACAACAGUUCCAAUGUCAGCCUCACAAUUUGCAUAUGCUGCAGCUGCUUCAGGGGGUGGUAUUGCAUCUGAUGAACACUCGUCAACUCUACCCUUACACUAUAAUGAGUUUGAUCAUCUCAAGCCGCAUUUAAGUUUCUUUGUGAACAUCUAUGGCGUUGGAAUAGAUACUGAUGCAAUCCUGACAUCUGGUGAUGAAAUGGAGCUCUACGGAGCUGUAAAUCGUAAAUUCAAACAAGUUUAUGUUAGACAGGAACAGAUGAAGACCUUUAAAACAUAUGAUAAGGCAGAGCUUGGUUCUGAAAAUUGGGGAUCCGACCACUCUACACAUGCCCUCAAACAGGAGUCUAAUUGGCUCCCAUUUCUGACAUUGAAAGCUGAGCGUGAUCCCAAUCAAGAGAAGAAAAUGACCCAGCUGAGGCAAAAUGGGAAGGUUGAUGAACUUUUGAGAUGUCAGUCUAAGUUUUUACAACUCCAGGAUUCAGAGAGAGUCCAGAAUGCCUUAAAAGACCAUGCCAUAGCAGUGAGAGACCCACCCUCUACACAACCUGUCUCUGUUACUUCAAACAAAACUUCUUAUCACACUGGACAAAUAUGGAAGAAAAUAUAUUCCAACCCCGAGUUGUAUGCAGACAAAGAUUCAGAUGGGAAUCCAGAAGCGUUUGACUUUGAUGAGAAAGAUGCUGACAACGUCAACUUUGGCAAACGUGUAAAAAGUGGAAGAAAACGAAGGGACAGUUAUGAUUACCAUGAAGUUGUACAAACUUUAGGAUUGGAUGAUGGGGAAAAUGACAGCAAUGAUCCCUCCAGUAUCCAGGGAGCAUACCUUUCUUUCUUGAUGUUGCGACAUUUACGUAUCCGAGACUUACAGAGAACAUGUCUUAGUAUAAUUAACUACUUCCGGUCAGUCGAACGCACACUGACAAUCAAUGAUGGAGGUCUGUCUUUGGAGUCUGGAAAUUUGAAACGUGUGAGCCACCAGAAUCAUCGCAAGAGCACGAUUCAUGAGGGUGGUCUGGGUGGGGGAGGCGGACUAGGGUCACAUUUAUACAUGCACAACACACCGAGAGAUUACAAAAUAAGUGAAGUAGAAUUUAUGGAAUUCUCGGAGGUGGAAAAUCAUGACGAUUUUUACACAACUGAUGAGGGCAGAGUACAUGUACAAGAUCAGCGUGGUUACUACAUCAUGUAUGACUCAGCCACAGAUGAACUCAAGAAAUUGGAACAUGACCUGUUGCUCAUAGCAACCACUUACAUCGAGAAAGACAAAGAUAUGAGAACUGCUUCUGGAAUUCAAAGAACUCCAAAUUCCAGGAGGCGCAAUCAUCAGACCGGUGGGUUUGACAUCUCAAGCUAUGGUCACCAGGAGAUUGACAGGUUUGCAGUAUUGCUGGAUCUUUGGACACAGGAGGCUGCCUACUUGGAGUGUAAGAAAUAUCUCCUUGACUGUUACCUUGAGGCCUACCACCAUGUGUUUGACCGUGAUGAGAAAAGAGGCCUGGCCCAAGUGAUCACUAACGUCAUGGCAAAGAGACCAAGACUAGACUUCCAGGAGAGUUACUUUGUGAAGUCCUAUAGGAUGGAAUGUAUAUGUCUGCGUCAACAUGCACAUCUUGUCAAAUCUAUAUUGGAUAAACAGAUCGAGGACCAAAGGGAGUAUAUACAGAAGGUUACCAGAGAUGGUGACAAAGAGUUUGGCUUGCCACACAAGAUAGUUCCUAAGCAGCUCAUCUCAAUCAAUAUGAGCAGCAAUGAAGAUGAUAGAUAUGGAGGAUCUGCGUUAAGAAAUGUUUACAUGCUGGAGUUCCAUCCUUCCCUCGCUUUCGCAAGCAAGAUUCCUGAUGCACUCAACUAUGCAUUCUGGGAGUUGUAUCAUGUCCACAAACCUGAGACAACAACUGAGAUUAUCAGUCUUGAGAGGAAACUACUGGAGUUUGCUUACAAUGCUUGGGAACAGCAGCAACCAAUGGGAACAUCAUAUUCACAACAGACUCAGAAAGAUCUAUUCUCUGAUGUGUUUGUUGAGGACCCAUUGUUUAUCUGUGAGAUUGCUGGUACACUAGUGCACAAGUAUGAACAGAAUCCAGUGAGGAAGUCACAGAGAGAGAAACACACAGGGAUGAUCCAAGUAGUAGCAACCUUGAUGGAGGCAAUAAACCUCCGACAGAGAUUAAUAGAUGCAUCAUGGGAGACAGAAAUCCUCUCUAAAAUCUACCGUCGCCAAGCCAUUGAACUCAGUUUUGAUGACUGCCAUCUUUUCUUGAGAUUUGUACAGUUUGAGUUUGCUGCGAUGAAAGAGAAUGCUGGGAAACCGCCUCCUUUGUUCAUCACUGCAGUUCAAGAAGAUGACUCUAAUGUUGAUAGGUAUGUGCCUACAUACCUCUACUUGGCUGUGCAUGAGUUAGAUGAAAAUCAUGUUGGCAGAUUUAGCUUCAGGAGUCGGGAUGGUGUUUUACAGGUAUGCAAGGCGGGCUCAUUUGCGAGUCUGCAGGUUGUACUACAGUGCCAGGUAGUCCACAAGAAUUCCCUAACUGCUGCUGUUCUACUUGCCAAUGCUUGCCAGCCAGCCAAACAAGCACAACUAGAACUGAAGGGAAUAAAGGGAGAUGCAGAUACAAAAAGUGAGAAAAGCUCAUUGACUGCCAUGACAGGCUUCUCAAGUGGAACUAAAGGCACAGAGUUUGCCAACAAAAUGCAGGCUGCCAAGCAUAAAUCUAAAUGUUCAUCUGAAGCAUUUGUGUCCCUACAGCUAGAAAAGGGCCCAAAACGUGAUUUGAUGUUGAAUGAGUUUGUCAGGAAGAAAGAAUCAAUGGCCACUGUACUAAGGAACCCAGAGGAAAUGGAAAAACUAAAAAGGAAAUUGAUUCAAGAAUACUGCUAUGACUUCAACCAGAGAAUAUCCCAGUAUUCACUGAGGGCGCAGAUAAUAUCCUACUAUGCUGGAAUAACUACACUGCUUGAUCAGUUCCCAAACAUCAGAGAUACAUACUUUGUCUUUGGUGAAGCCAAUGAAAAGAAGUCCAACAGUGACAGCUUAGAGGGCCUCAAACUUGAUUGUCGCACAUUAAAAAAGCGCCCACGACGUGUCAUUUCAAAAGAUGGACAACAUGUCCUAAACAUAUGGUUCAUACCACACCAUUCUGAAAAUCUGAUAACAUUCAAGGAAUUUGAAGAUGAGGCUUUAUGUCAUAGGGCGCUAUAUAACCACUUGGUUAUUGUAUCAGCUUUGCAUGAUAUUGCUCAGUACCUGUGUGCACAUGCUAGGAUGGGGAGCUCACAUGCACGCCUUGGAACCAGGAAACUAGAAUUUGUGUCUGCUGACUGGGGCGGCACUGAGGGCAUAGGUUCGGAAUUCAGAGAAAUUCAAAAACAAAUCAACAAUCUUGAAGAACCGACAAAUGUAGAAUCUGUGGGACAGUUCCUAACAAUGCGUCGUGACAUUAUGUUCUUAGAGUUUGACUCUGCAGUGCGCCACUCAAUGAGAGACACAUUCUUGGCAACUGGCAAUGUGUCUGCUUACAAUGCAAUCACAAAUAACAUACACUUUGCUUUACCUGGUUUGAGUAACAUACAGCGACCUAGUAUCAUGUCCACAUAUCUGAAUGUACCUGAACCCCUGGAGGCAAGGGACUUUAAGGCACAAGAGCUUUACCCCUGGAGGUCAUUUAUAGGAAGAAAUGGUCCAUACCCGACGAUGUUCUGGCAGUGGUUUAUGAUAGACUACUACUUACAAAUGUGCCUGGCAGGAACAAAGGAGGUGGAUAGACAUGUAGCUAAUGGUGAAAUAUUGGGAGUCACCCUACUGAUGGAAGAUGUCCUCCAAUCAGGGAACCCAGAUUUUGUUGCCAUGGGAGCAGUAACCAAUGACAAUGAGGAAGAUGAAGGCGGAAGUAAGACAUUAAGCCCCUCAAGACCAGCUACUAGACUGUCUUCCAGAGCUGCUAGUUCAAUGAGUUUACAAGGGGAGAAGAAAACAGGGCCUAUGAAGCCAAAGCCCCUUAGCCGCCUCAACCAGCCCAUAGAGUCCUACAAACUACUCAAGUUCUUCCUGCUCCUCUGGAAGAGAUUAGAACUAUUCAAGACUCACUGGGGAUGUAGGAAGUUAAACACAGAGAAGAUAAAUAAUUCUGUCAGUUAUAAAGCAUACUGUAAAAUCUACAAAGUGGAAAAGUUGUUCCCUGUUCUACAAAGUAUCGCACGUAGGCAUGGUCAGGGGGAAUUGUAUGAUGGGAUGACCGCAGACACUGAACCUCUCGUUAGUCCUAAAGGUGCAACUGAAAUAGAGAUCAGAUCAAAACAGCUGAUCAGUCUGCUUGAGAGCGAGGAGUGCUAUAUGAUCGUAGAGGUGAGGAAGAAGCUUGCCAAAGAGCUGAGUCUGGCACUUGCAGAGAGAGCCAGGGAGGAGGGGGCACUACCCACAGAUUUAUGGAAGAAAUCAGCUGUCAAGGAAAGCUUCACUAUAGCUAAGCCUCACAUAGCAGAGGACUUUGUUGACCAACUCUUUGAGAACCAGGAGAGAGACCAGAAAGAGGUCACCUUUAAAACGAGCCAUCUUAAUGAAUGUUUACGCAAUCUAGGUCAAUCUAUUAUGGCAAGAGAAAGGCACAAUUAUGACAGCUACUCCAUGUAUUAUGAGAACCUACUGAGGCAGCACCACCAGUUACUUUACCAGAAAGAGCAGGAGAUCAAACAACUGAAUGACCAGAUCAAGCAACAAAAAGAAUCCACUGACAUUGAAGUCAAAUGCCAGAUGGCUGAUGAGAAUUAUGACAUCCUUUUGGAAAUCACUGCCUUGCGUGCCAAGGUACUUGAAAUGCGAGAAAUGGCCAUGUCUCAAGAGAAAGACUUGAGAGACAGAGUACAAGAGGAAUAUGAUGAGCUGGUUCUCAAUCUCUUCUCCAGUGCAUUUGAACUAAAAACAAAGUUUGAUGAAUUCAAGGACUAUUUACACGAUGAUGUGUAUGACAAGAUCCAGGAGACGCGACGUGAGGCAAUAGAGGAAAUGACACGUGUUAAACUGAAGGCAAUAGAUGGCAGUGAAGAAGCUGAGUUUACCAAGCGUAAUAUGGCCCAAAGUGAGAAGCUGGCUAAUCUACAACAUGAUAACUUUGAACUGACGAAGAUUAUGCAUAAUAUGCAGAUCUUCAAUAAGUGGAAGUUCAACUGGAAACAUAUGAUGUCACAUAAAGAGAAAAGCCAGUUAGGUAAGAACUCAGACAGAAGUAAGAAGGAUUACCUUGAGGUGAAGAUGUUGGCUGAUGAGGAGGUGAUCCUACUGCGCCAGCAGAUAGUGGCACUUAGGGCUGGACUCUCCCAGUCUGAAGCUGAGUGCAAUCAGGUCAAGAAACAGCUCGAGAAAGAGUUGAAGGAAAACAGAGAGAAAGCUCACUCAUUGAUGCAGAAGGCGCAGAGUCAGAGGCAGCUGGAAUUAGCUAAACAGGCUAACAUGGAACGUAUGAUUGGAGAGCUUGAGGACAAAGAGUUGAGACUACGUAUCAUAUCAAGCACAAAGGACAAGAAUCUCAAGAUGCAACAGAUUGAGAAUGAGAAAGCAGUUAAAGAUAUGUUCCAUCUCAAGAAAAAAUUGACCCAUGAAAGAAGCCUCAAGCUGGAUGCCUUCCAAAGAGUGGAUGAUCUUCAGACUCAGGUGUAUGAUGUGGAUGCUGGAAUUUCGCCUCCUUCACGACCCCAUACAGCAGCACCAAGUCUUGACAGUAGAAGUGUAUCUCCUACUAAGAGACGAGGUCCAAGUAGGUCUACAGAUAAGAACUCUGGGAUAUGGCCACCUCCUGUGGAGUGGCCAGCCAAUAGGAGGAUGACAAGUAUGGGAAUUAGCAUGGACUUCACAGAGCCUAAGUCACCUCCACUUAACAACAAUGAAUCUAGGAAAAUCCAGCGCCCAAAAACUGUGACUGGCAGACUACGCAGCAGGAUAGCAGAGCAAUUGUUGAAUGAGCUAGAGCCACCAGACCAUCAUGAGACAAUACUUAAGUUAAGAGAACUCUCUAUGGUGGAAAAGAAACAGUUCUGAGAACUUCUCUGUCGU